CAGGAAGAAGGAAGCUGCGCCGCCGUCGCCUCCCGGCGCUCGCUCCCCGCCUCCCAGGUCCGCCGACCGCCACAAUGUCCGCCUCGGCUGUCUUCAUCCUCGACGUCAAGGGCAAGCCCCUGAUCAGCCGCAACUACAAGGGCGAUGUGGCCAUGAGUGAGAUUGAGCACUUCAUGCCUCUGCUCAUGCAGCGGGAGGAGGAGGGCGCCCUGGCCCCGCUGCUGAGCCAUGGCCGGGUCCACUUUUUGUGGAUCAAACACAGCAACCUCUACUUGGUAGCCACCACACUGAAGAACGCCAACGCCUCCCUCGUGUACUCCUUCCUCUACAAGACGGUGGAGGUGUUCUCUGAAUACUUCAAGGAGCUGGAGGAGGAGAGCAUCCGCGACAACUUUGUCAUCGUCUACGAGCUGCUGGACGAGCUCAUGGAUUUCGGGUUCCCGCAGACCACCGACAGCAAGAUCCUGCAGGAGUACAUCACACAGCAGGGCAACAAGCUGGAGACCGGCAAGUCGCGGGUGCCACCCACUGUCACCAAUGCCGUGUCCUGGCGCUCUGAGGGCAUCAAGUACAAGAAGAAUGAGGUGUUCAUCGACGUCAUAGAGUCUGUCAACCUGCUGGUCAAUGCCAAUGGCAGCGUCCUGCUGAGCGAGAUCGUGGGCACCAUCAAGCUCAAGGUGUUUCUGUCGGGAAUGCCAGAGCUGCGGCUGGGCCUCAAUGACCGAGUGCUCUUUGAGCUCACGGGCCUUUCAGGAAGCAAGAACAAGUCUGUGGAACUGGAAGACGUGAAAUUCCAUCAGUGUGUGCGGCUCUCUCGCUUCGACAACGACCGCACUAUCUCCUUCAUCCCGCCCGACGGCGACUUUGAACUCAUGUCCUACCGCCUCAGCACCCAGGUCAAGCCGUUGAUCUGGAUCGAGUCCGUCAUUGAGAAGUUCUCCCACAGCCGUGUGGAGAUCAUGGUCAAGGCCAAGGGGCAGUUUAAGAAGCAGUCGGUGGCCAACGGCGUGGAGAUAUCCGUGCCCGUCCCCAGCGAUGCCGACUCCCCACGCUUCAAGACCAGUGUAGGCAGCGCCAAGUAUGUGCCCGAAAAGAAUGUCGUCAUUUGGAGUAUUAAGUCUUUCCCGGGGGGCAAGGAGUACCUGAUGCGUGCCCACUUUGGCCUCCCCAGCGUGGAGAAGGAGGAGAUGGAGGGCCGGCCCCCCAUUGGGGUCAAGUUUGAGAUCCCCUAUUUCACCGUCUCCGGGAUCCAGGUCCGGUACAUGAAGAUCAUUGAGAAAAGCGGCUACCAGGCCCUGCCAUGGGUUCGCUACAUCACCCAAAGUGGCGAUUAUCAACUUCGCACGAGCUAGGAGAGAGAAGACGUGGGGCCUGGACAUGGGGCCUUCCCUCCCCUCCAGGCCGGGACUCUAGACUUGAGAGGGAGGAAGAUGGGGGACGUGUGUGAGGGAGAGCCCCUGACUUAGCCGUUUCUUACUCCCAGCACCCUCCCUGCCUUUCUCUCUACCCACAGGCUCCCCACUCCUCCAAUUUUAUAUGAAGAAUAGAGGGUCCUGAAGCCCCCCUCAUGAGUGCCUUCUUGCAGUGACCUGCCUUAGGGGUGCUGGGGCCCCUCCUCCACAGCUGCUGAGCCCAGAGGCCACCCUGAGUUUUAGGAUGGUAUUAAAAAGAAUGAAUCUGG